GGUCACCCAUUUAACCUCCCAACUUUGCAUCAUGGAAAUAUUUUUUUUCCUUUUCCCCCAAAAAAUUAUCUGAAAAAAAGGAAAAUGGUAUUUUCUAAGAAAAAGGGCUCUGCUGGUUCCCACUUCGGGUAAAUUUUGGUUUUAAAUGGCACAGAGAUCCAGACAAUCUCUAAUGUCAUGAUAAGGUGGAUGCAGAAAUAUUCUGUCUGUGCUCCUCGGGUAGGCGAUCUCGCCAUUGCCAAUUUCGCCAUCUGAGGAGGCUCUUUAUUAGGGAGGAGGAGCCACUUGAAAUAUAACCUUUUAAUGGCUUCUUCAGCAAGAAGGCUGAGGGAACUCCAAUCACAAACAGGCAACAAGACGUGUGUGGAUUGUGCACAAAAGAAUCCCCAAUGGGCGUCGGUGUCGUAUGGCAUCUUCAUGUGUUUGGAAUGCUCAGGGAGACACAGGGGCCUCGGUGUCCACAUAAGCUUUGUGAGAUCAGUGACAAUGGAUUCAUGGUCUGAGAUCCAGAUCAAGAAGAUGGAGGCAGGUGGUAACCAGGCCCUCAAUUCCUUCCUUGCCCAGUAUGGUAUUUCAAAGGAAACUGACAUUGUUUCUAAGUAUAACACCAAAGCUGCAGGGAUUUACAGAGAGAAGAUUCAGGCCUUGGCAGAAGGGCGGCCAUGGAAAGAUCCUCCUGUAGAGAAAGAAACUAUCGGAAAACCUCCAUUGGGACACGGAAAGGACACCCAACCAAAGAGUGGGGGAAAUUCUGGAUCUCGGUGGCAGGGCUCGGGUGGUUGGGACAGUUGGGAUGGAGAUGAUAAUCCAAGUUCGGGAGGAGGUGAUAUAAGGAGAAAUCAGUCUGCUCAAAGCCUUAGAGAUAAUGGUCCAGGCGACGGAGGGCCGAUCCGAUCUAGAUCUUCAGACAAUAUUUACACAAGGUCACAAUUGGAGGCUUCCGCUGCAAACAAAGAGGAUUUUUUUGCUCGAAAGAGGGUGGAAAAUGAGUCCAGGCCUGAGGGGCUUCCCCCAUCUCAGGGUGGGAAGUAUGUUGGUUUUGGAUCUGCUGGCAGCUGCCCUCCUCCAUCUAGGGCAAAUCAGAAUGAUGUUCUGAAGGACACUGUUUCCGUAGUCUCUCAGGGAAUUGGUCGUUUGUCAGUAGUUGCUGCAGCAGCUGCACAGUCUGCUGCUAAUGUGGUCCAAGCAAGUACCAAGGACAUAACCUCUAAGGUUCGGGAAGGAGGAUAUGAUCAAAAGGUUAAUGAAACAGUCUCUGUUGUAGCUGCCAAGACUACAGAGAUUGGUUCCAAGACAUGGGGACUAAUGAAGGGAGUUGUUGCCAUGGCUUCCCAAAAAGUUGAAGCUUAUGCAAAAGAAGGAGGGGUGAAUUGGAAUAUAGGAGACUACCAAAGGCAAAAUCAAAAUGGCUUUCUGAAUGAUGCAGAUGGAGGAGAUUAUCAUGAGGUUGGGUAUGGAAGUUCCUCAGAUCCUUGGGGAAAUACUAAGAAUAAGCAAGAGAGUUCACAGGGCUUCAGGGAUGGUGGUGAUAAGAGCUGUGGUAAACAGAAUUCUGAUAACUGGGGCAGUGGCAAUAGCAGUUUUAAAGGCUGGGAUGAUUGGGGUGACAGUCCUAAAUUAAAGAAUCAAAAUGAUUCAUUUAUGAGAGAGACUUCCAUUAAGGAGCAAGCAGUUUACCCUGUAAAAGGAACUAAGGGUGGCACAUCUGGGGCAGGAAGUGAUAAUUGGGCUGGAUGGGAUGAUGUUCAGGAUGAUGACAAGGAUGACUUUUUUCAGGGGUCAACAGAUAGACAUUCUGACAAGAAUGGAAAUGCGGGAUCCUUUUGGUCAGAUGCUGGUUUCAAAUAAUGCAUUAUAGCUAUAGCUACACGCUCCAUGAUUUCUUGCAUAUUCUCUUAGGUACAUUACGGUAAAGGUAUGAGGGGUUUAUUUAUGGUUGUUACCUUGAUACUGCCUCAUUGUCUCCUACCUCUCCAUGUUUCAAGUUCUGUAGUACAGAUAAAAUUGGAAAUAAGGAGAAGACAAAGGGAUUGGAGGGUGGUCUUUAAUUUUCGUAAGUAUAGAUCAUUCAUUUAUUAUGUCAAGGUAGAUAUUUGUAACAUCACAAACGACAAUUCUUGGAAUUCUUUAAGACUGAUACCCUUAAUUUUUUGUACCCUAGAAGUUCAAUUCUUCUUUUUGGGUUUGAAGUCUGUUUGAUGGUAAUUCAAAUUGUUUACAAUGGUGGCAUUAA